AAAUGAUAAGCAUUUGAUCAAUUGUAACUUCUCUAUUAUGUGGCUCUUUUGUUAUAAUGGUUCCCUCCCUCUUUCCUCUCUCCGUCUUAUCGUCCCCCCUCUGCAGCUUGUGUCUGCAGCUCUGUGGGAAAUAGUGAAGCAGAAAGCUGUGAUGUACUAUGGUCUGCUGGAGGAGUUCGUCACCACAGUGCUGGAAACUGUCCCUGAGCUGCUCAACGACGCAGAGAGAGUCCAACUAGUCAUGGGCCUACGUGCAAUGGUGGUGCUAGAGUUGUGCCGCAAUGAUGACUUUGCAAGCCCACAAGCCAUCCAGCCUCAUUUGACUAGAAUAAACACCUACAUUACAAAGCAGGAAAAAGAGGCUUCCAGCUCUGAGAUUAAGGCAUCUGUGACAAACUUCGUGAAGCUUGUGCACACUCUAGUGGAUGAUCAGUGCCAGAGGGAUAUCUUUUACCAGAAAAUCUUUCCAACAGUGUUUGGCCCAAAAUAUGAUUCAGCCCUACAGGCUCUAAUGAGAAAAUUCCUCGUCAGUCUGCAGAAGCUGCUACCUGUUCCAAACCUUGAACAAACUUCCCUUUGGCUCAGUCUCUCCCCUUCCAUCCUGAAAGAGUGUGUGGAGUUCAUGAAUGAACCUGAGCCUCUGAAUACACUUAUUGAGCAUCACAAACAUCAUGGGCAUGAAGUUUCACAAGCUCUGUCUUCCCCUGCUGAUGAUUGCAUCCUUUCCAGCCUGUCCUAUCACCUACCGAAGGUGGACAAUGAUGAAGGAGACCCUGGAUCUAGUCUGGAGUCUAAAGAGGACAAGAAAGAAAACUUAGAGGAGAUAAAUUCAGAAAGGACAAGGAUUGUGGAGAGCAAUGGACAGCAACGUGUUGAUCAGGCUGAAGAUCAAGGAGCCUCUGUUGAAGUAAUACUUCCUUUUGAUGAAAGUGAGUCUAAUGAUAAUGGCUUAGACAAAAAGUGGUAUCACCACCUGAAAACCUGCAGCAGGACAUCCUCAAAAACCUUCAAGUGUCUUGUUUGUGGCCAGGAUUUUGCUUCUGUUAGCAAACUGAAGAGGCACAAGAUAACUCAAAAUGGAUGCUUGAUGAACAGAUUGGGUGAGUCAGAGUCUACUUGCCAAAGUAGUUUUUUUGAGAGGAUUAGUUUGCCUCCUAAACCAAAGACUAGUACUGAAACUAAUAUUUCUACAAGUGAGAAUGACCCUCUGUUGUUGGAGAGUGCCACAUCAAAUAACCCACCAAUUAUGAAUAGUCCUCCAGCCUUCGAGAAGUCAAAUGACAACUGUAGUCUUGUUUGUCCUGGUUGUGGCAAGGUUUUCACUUACCCAAAGAAUUUUGACAAACACCAGAAGAUUUGUGUGGUCGCCAGUAAUCAGAAGACUCAGACAGACCUACAGUUGUCCACAAGCUCAUCUCAUCACUCCAAACCAAACCCUGUUGAGAAGACCAAAGUGUCUUUCCCUAGUGAAACUGACACUGGGCCUUCAGAAGUUGUACUGCAGGAAUCAGUAUCUUCUGCCUCAUCAGAAGACCAAGUGUGUAAAAGAAGCAGCCGCAUCAAAACAUGCGCUGUAUGUGGGCACAUUUUCACUUGUUCCGCUGACUUAACAAAGCACAUGAGAUGCCACACUGAACAGAGUUCUUACCUUUGUUUUUAUUGUGGAGAAGACUUUGAGAGUUAUGAAGACUGUAAGACACACCAUGAAAGUAAAUGCAAGCUGUCAAACCAACAUCUACAGGUGAAUGACUCAAGAAACACAAAUAAAAUGAAUCAGGAGAAUUUAGUUGUUACAAGCUGUAUAUCUCAGAUUCCGACAGCCUCAGAAGCACUCGCCAGCCCUGAGGCUAUACCGGCUAUACCUUCUAUGCCAGCUUGUAAAUCGCCUCUGACAUGUCAGGAAUGUGGUCAGGGUUUUACUUAUUACAAAAGUUUUGAGAAGCACCAAAGCAAAUGUUCCAAAAGAACUCCUCGAAGAAAAAAGCGAACAAACAGUAACCAUUUUGUCAUCAGUGGGUGUAAUUUCCGGUCAGCUGACAUUACCAACGAAAUCAGUGCUGAGACAAGCUCUGAAACAAAGGAAUGUGAAACUGCAAAAUCUGCCAGCAGCAAAGAUCGCAACAUGAAGUGCACCAUGUGCGAGAAGAACUUUUCAGAAAUUGUCCUCAUGAAAAGACAUUAUUCCAAGUCGCAUAAAGUCAGAGGUUCAUAUCCCUGUCCUUUAUGCAAGAGAAAAUUUGUGAGGUUGUGCGAAUUGGUUCGACAUCAGCAGAACAAAAAAUUAUAUCAGUGCACUGCCUGUAACAAAUGUUACACAAAGCCAGGACUAUUGAACCACCAUGAAAAGGUUCACACUGCGAGUGUAACACCACGCAUUUGUGAAACAUGCGGGAGAAGCUUCAAAUCUCUUGCUUAUCUGAUUCUGCACCAGAGCAAGCAUAAAGAGCGGCAACCUAGUGUUUGCUCCUACUGUGGAAAACAGUUCAGAACAAAGGACUGCCUGAGAGCACAUAUGGUGAGGCACACAGGUGGUUACCCAUGUCCGGUGUGUGGGAAGAAAUUCUAUCAAAAAACAUACCUUAAAUGGCAUCUGUACAAGCACACGGGGCAAGAGCCAUACCUGUGUGACACGUGUGGGAAAGGUUGGCCAAAUGCAGCCCAGCUCAAGCUUCACAUGAUCCAACAUACUGAAGAGAGGCCGUUCAAGUGCGAAGACUGCGGUGCGUGUUACAAGAGAGGAUCUCAUUUGGUGGCUCACCAUAGAUCCAAGCAUAGCCGAUUGCGGCCGUUCGUUUGUGAGGUUUGCAGCAAAGCCUUUCGGUUAAACAAUGAGUUGAAAAAACACAUGAUGGUUCACACGGGGGAACGGCCAUUCCCAUGUCCAAGAUGUGGCAAAACAUUUACAAGAAAAUCUCGCCUUAGAGAACACAGAGAAAAGGCGUGUCUGUGACUCCACACUGUUUGUGGAGUUGUAUGUAGAAUAAUACAGUCCACCACUAAAGUACAUACAUGUACCAUACAUGUUUUGUCUUUAACAGUAUUUCAAUAUUGUUUAUAUACUGAAAGGUAUGUAAAUAAACUACAACACUGUCUGGUACUGUGAAUGAUUUUCAUUCACUGAGAAUAAAAAAAUGGUCUUGUA